AUGGGCAUUCAAGGGCUACUGAAGGCCUUGGAGAAUGUGCAGCGAGACUGCCAUGUGAAGGAGUUUGCUGGCAAAACGGCAGCCAUUGAUGCUCACGGCUGGCUGCAUGCUGCUUUGGCAGGAAGUGCUUUGGACGUAGAGCUGGACAUCGACGCACAGGCCCACGUCCGCUACUGUGCCAGACGCAUUUCAAUGUUGCGCAAAUGGGGUGUGGAGCCAGUCUUCGUAUUUGACGGGGCGCCGCUGCCAGCAAAGAUGACACUGUUGCAAGAGCGACGUCAGCGUAGGGAGGUCAUGCGCCGAGAAGGGGAGCUACGGCUCAGCGAAGGAGAUCUGGAGCAGGCGAAGUCUUGUCUCGCCCAGGCGGUGGAGAUUACGGAGGACCAAAUCGAUGAUGUCGUGCGCCUUCUUGCCACCCAAGAAGUCAAGUAUAUCCAUGCACCAUUCGAAGCAGAUGCGCAAAUGGUGUAUUUGGCUUGGCAUGGUCAUGUCGAUUUCUGUAUCUCCGAAGACAGUGACCUCCUCGCCUUGGGCUGUCCGCAAGUCCUGUACAAGCUCCGAGCUGAUGGGUUUGGCAGGGAAAUCCUGUUACAAGACGCUCUGAAUGGCUUCAGCUUGGAGGACUUCCAGGCGGUUUGUGUCUUGAUGGGUUGUGAUUAUUUGCCGCGUUUGCAUGGCGUGGGGCCUGCACUUGCCCUUCGAGUGGUGAUGUCACGGGGCUGCGAGCCAGAGGCUUUAGUCAAGGCAACUUGGCAGGUUUUGUGGGGUGCAUUGGAGGGUGGUUUGGUUUUUGUGUUUUUUUUCUUUUGGGGGAGCUGA